UGGCAAAUUGGGUUUUGCGCAGUGUCUUAGAUCUAGAGAGAAUCGUGACGGGCAGGAAACCAUUACACCACCUUCCCGGCUGUGCUCUCUGACUGCCGCCGCCACCCCGCCCUUGCCUCCGAGGCCUUAUACCUGCUAGGUUCACGCUGAAGAUCCAGAAUCAUGACUGACUCCAAGUACUUCACAACCAAUAAGAAGGGAGAAAUCUUUGAAUUAAAAGCUGAACUCAACAAUGAAAAGAAAGAAAAGAGGAAGGAGGCUGUGAAGAAAGUGAUUGCUGCUAUGACCGUGGGGAAGGAUGUGAGCUCUCUCUUCCCAGAUGUGGUGAACUGUAUGCAGACUGACAACCUGGAACUAAAGAAGCUUGUGUACCUCUAUCUGAUGAACUAUGCCAAGAGUCAGCCAGACAUGGCCAUCAUGGCUGUCAACAGCUUUGUGAAGGAUUGUGAAGACCCCAAUCCUUUGAUUCGAGCCUUGGCAGUUAGAACCAUGGGAUGCAUCCGGGUGGACAAGAUUACAGAGUAUCUCUGUGAACCCCUCCGCAAGUGCUUGAAGGAUGAAGACCCCUAUGUUCGGAAAACAGCAGCAGUAUGCGUGGCAAAACUCCAUGAUAUCAAUGCCCAGAUGGUGGAAGAUCAGGGAUUUCUGGAUUCUCUGCGGGAUCUCAUAGCAGAUUCAAACCCAAUGGUGGUGGCUAAUGCUGUAGCAGCAUUGUCUGAGAUCAGUGAGUCUCACCCAAACAGCAACUUACUUGAUCUGAACCCUCAGAAUAUCAAUAAGCUGCUCACAGCCCUGAAUGAGUGCACUGAGUGGGGCCAGAUUUUCAUCUUGGACUGCCUGUCUAAUUACAACCCUAAAGAUGACCGGGAAGCUCAGAGCAUCUGUGAGCGAGUGACGCCUCGGCUCUCUCAUGCCAAUUCUGCAGUGGUGCUUUCAGCAGUAAAAGUUCUGAUGAAGUUUCUAGAGUUGUUACCCAAGGACUCUGACUACUACAAUAUGCUGCUAAAGAAGCUAGCGCCUCCACUUGUCACUUUGCUCUCUGGGGAGCCAGAAGUGCAGUAUGUUGCCCUGAGGAACAUCAACCUAAUUGUCCAGAAAAGGCCUGAAAUCUUGAAGCAGGAAAUCAAGGUCUUCUUUGUGAAGUACAAUGAUCCUAUCUAUGUUAAACUAGAGAAGUUAGACAUCAUGAUUCGUCUUGCAUCCCAAGCCAACAUUGCUCAGGUUCUGGCAGAACUGAAGGAAUAUGCCACUGAAGUUGAUGUGGACUUUGUUCGCAAAGCUGUGAGGGCCAUUGGACGGUGUGCCAUCAAAGUGGAGCAAUCAGCAGAACGCUGUGUGAGCACACUGCUUGAUCUAAUCCAGACCAAAGUAAAUUAUGUGGUCCAAGAGGCAAUUGUUGUCAUCAGGGACAUCUUCCGAAAAUACCCCAACAAGUAUGAGAGCAUUAUCGCCACGCUGUGUGAGAACUUGGACUCCCUGGAUGAACCCGAUGCCCGAGCGGCUAUGAUUUGGAUUGUAGGAGAGUAUGCUGAAAGAAUCGAUAAUGCCGAUGAGUUACUAGAGAGCUUCCUGGAAGGUUUUCAUGAUGAAAGCACCCAGGUGCAGCUCACGUUGCUUACCGCCAUAGUGAAACUGUUUCUCAAGAAGCCAUCAGAAACACAGGAGCUGGUCCAACAGGUCUUGAGCUUGGCCACACAGGAUUCUGAUAAUCCUGACCUUCGAGAUCGGGGUUAUAUUUAUUGGCGCCUUCUUUCAACUGACCCUGUGACAGCCAAAGAAGUAGUGUUGUCUGAGAAGCCAUUGAUCUCUGAGGAAACAGACCUCAUUGAACCUACCCUCCUGGAUGAGCUCAUCUGCCACAUUGGUUCUUUGGCCUCCGUGUACCAUAAACCUCCGAAUGCUUUUGUGGAAGGGAGCCAUGGCAUUCAUCGCAAACACUUGCCAAUUCACCAUGGGAGCACUGAUGCAGGUGAUAGCCCUGUUGGCACCACCACUGCAACCAACCUGGAACAGCCUCAGGUCAUCCCCUCUCAAGGUGACCUUCUGGGGGAUCUUUUAAAUCUUGACCUGGGUCCCCCAGUGAAUGUCCCGCAAGUGUCCUCCAUGCAGAUGGGAGCAGUGGAUCUUUUAGGAGGAGGACUGGAUAGCCUGCUUGGCAGUGACCUUGGCGGGGGCAUUGGAGGAAGUCCGGCAGUAGGACAGUCCUUCAUCCCGUCAUCAGUGCCUGCAACCUUCGCUCCUUCACCUACUCCUGCUGUGGUCAGCAGUGGUCUGAAUGACCUGUUUGAGCUUUCCACUGGGAUAGGCAUGGCACCUGGCGGAUAUGUGGCUCCUAAGGCAGUCUGGCUACCUGCUGUAAAGGCUAAAGGCUUGGAGAUUUCGGGGACGUUUACUCACCGCCAAGGGCACAUCUAUAUGGAAAUGAACUUCACCAACAAAGCUCUGCAGCACAUGACGGAUUUUGCCAUCCAGUUUAACAAGAAUAGCUUCGGUGUCAUCCCGAGCACUCCCUUGGCCAUACAUACUCCGCUGAUGCCAAACCAGAGCAUUGAUGUGUCUCUGCCUCUCAACACCUUGGGCCCAGUCAUGAAGAUGGAGCCUCUGAAUAACUUGCAGGUCAGAGUUCUGCUUCACUCGGAGCAUGUGUGUUAAGGUGUCGCUGAUGUCCCCUCGUGUGUGAAGUGAUCAGUCUGCAGUAGCUUGUUUUCCAUUGCUGUGAAACAAUUCCCACGUAAACAGGCUUAUUUAGCCUAGAGUUUGGGAGGUGUCUGUGCAUGGUGUCUACAUUUAGUCACUGGUGAGGACACUUUGGCUUCCUUGUAUCAUGCAUAGAAUUGUGGCAGAUGACCUGUGAGAGGGAAAGGUCAUCAUGGCAACAUCGUGGGGAAAAGAGAGGCAGAGGUAGUGAUUUCUUUUAAAUAAAAACGCCUUCUUCCGGAACCAAGACAGGCUCUCACAACAACUGCUGUAUGUGUGCAAAGUGCCAACAUUCCCAGUGACCUCACCACUUCCCACCAGGCUACUCCCCCAUCUCAACUCCAGCAUGCUAAGAAUCCCCUACCUCUCGUGAUAAAGUUGGUAACAAAAUAGUUUGAAAUAGCUUUAUGAUACAGAGUUUUUAUUUGGUUUUAAUAAAAAAACAACAACCAAAAAAGAAAGCUAUGGAGUUAGAGAGUUACUUGCUUAAUAAACGUUUUAAAGCUUGUUUGUUUUUGAGAUGGUCUCAUUUAACCUAACUUGGCAUCUCCUCAAGUAGGUGAGAAUAACUUUUGACCUUCUGAUCCUCCAGGCCCUACUCCUCUCAGCAUAGCAGUGUAGGUGUGCACCACCAUGCCUGGUUUAAGACUUGCAGCUGAAGAAACUCGGUGGCUAAGAGCAUUGGCUGCAUUUAACAGAUCCAGGACUCAGUUCUCAGCCCCCGUGUCACAGCUUACAGUUGUCUGUAACUCCAGUUCCAAUGGACCAGACACUGGCUUCUGGCUUCUGUAGGCACUACACAUUCAUACAUGGAUGCAGGCAAAUGCUCAUACACAUAAAAUAAAAAUAAUCUUAAUUAAAAAAAAAAAGACUCCCGCACAAAUAGAAGAUAAGUCAGUAGUGAAAAGAGCUUGCACUUGAUCAAAAUGUGGAAGUAAGAGAGAGAGAAGAGGUAAGAAUUAGCAGAGAAUUAUUACUCCCUGCCUAGAAAUUGAAAUGACAGAACAGUUUGAAUGAGACUGUGAAAUAUAUUUAACACGGUGAAACAAAAAUACUAACCAUACGCUUUCCUGUCCAGACAACUGAACCACGUUGCUUGGUGUUCUAGAGACACCAAUGCCAGAUAUGGCUGCUAAUGAAACAGCAUACUGGGUUGAACUUAGAACUGAACAUUUUUCAGUACUCUAGAUACAAAUACAAUUGUCUGCCGCUUCCCUGACUACCUUGUUGCCACAGUGGCUAAUUGCUGAUUUUCUUAGCACUGAAUAAGAAUAUUUUAGACUAGACAAGUGAGUCACAGUGUAACUUGGCUGAGACUAGAAAAAGAAAACUAGGGUUACUCCACAGAUAGAACUGGCUGUUACUAUGAGGAGAGCGCUGUGUUCAGGAGUGUUUCCAGCUCACAGCCUUCCAGUCACUAACCCAGAUAUGCAUCUGUUCUCUUUGCUGGGAGGCUAACCUCCCAUUGGCUCAUUAAGCCUCAAGCAUGAUGUCUGGGACAGUCGGCAUGCAUGCAUGCAUGAAUGCUUUCUUUACUUCAGAAGUAGGAAGGGUAUUUGGAUCACAGAAACUAGGACAAGUUUUCAGUUCUUAAAACAAAGGAAUGUUAGUUCACUUUCCUGUUCACACUUCUAAUUUACUGAGUCCCAGAGAGAGACCUUCCUAAAGGAAGGUGGGUCUUAUUCUAAAGCCCUCCCUUGAAGAUACUAAUACAAUAUUGGGACUGAUAAGUUAUUUUUCUCACAUGUGCUGUUGUUAAAAGCAGUCUGUGGGCUGGAGAAGUGGCUCAGUGGCUAAGAGCACUGGCUGUUCUUCCAGAGGACCAGGUUCAAUUCCCAGCACCACCAUGGCAGCUCACAACUGUCUGUAACUUGAGUUCCAGGGGACUCUGACACCUUCAUGUCAAUACAUAAAAUUAAAAUUAAAAACAUUGUUUUUUGUUUUUUAAAGAAGCAGUCUGUAAAGCAUUGUGUCUGAAGAGAUUGGGGCAAUCACUUGCCUACCAAGCACAACCUACUCCACCUCUAAUUUCAUCUGUAGUCAACUACUGAUUCUUCAGGUUUUCUUCUUGGGCAGAGUGUAAUCGUGACUCUUAUUAAUUGGCAUUUCUCAGUAGUAAAGAUAAACAAAACCUUAAAAAGAAAAAGGCUUUUAUCUUUCUGAACACUGAAUUAAUGUCUGCUGGGAGAAGGAUGCACAUAGACAGCUGAAGUGAGGGAAGGACUGCAUAGCUUCCAUCUCCCCUCCCGGAAGAGAACAAGAGUAUUUAACUUAGAUUAGGCUAGAUAGCCCAGACUGUAAUAUAAUGCUACUACAAAAGUUUUCAUUAAAAUGCAUAUUAAACUAUCAUUUGUUAUAAUAUGAAAUAGUAUAAUUUAAAAAUAUACUACCACUGCUUCACAUGUCUGUGCAUGUCGAGUAAAUGUCUGUCUGUGUGUGUGUGCAUGUGGAUAUGGAGGCCAGUGGUUAGCAUCCGUCCACCUUAUCUUGAGAUAGGGUCUUACCUGGGGUUUGUUGGUUCAGCUGCUCUGGUUGUCUAAUGAGCUCCAGGUAUCACUCUCCUUCACUUUGAAAGUGCUGAAGUUACAGAUGCAUACCACCAUAACUGGCUUUAUGUGACUGCUGAGACUCAGACUCGGGUACUCAUACACAGCAGGCACUUUACCACUGAGCCAUCGCCUCAGCCUACUGUUCCUGCAUGUGUGUUAGCCAGAGGUCAACCCUUGGUGUCCUUCCUCAAAAGCCUACCUUGUUUUAGGACAUUAUCUUUUGUUGGCCUGGUGUUCACCAAGCAGGUUAAGCUAGGUGACCAGUGAGCCCUAGGCAUCUGCCUGUCUUUGCCUGUCUCCCCACUGCUGGUAUUAAAAUCAUUUCCUGCCAUUUUUGUUCAUAUUUUAAUGGGUCCUCAUGCUUACAAAGCAUGCACUUUACUGACUGAGCUACCUCUCCAGCCCCAGUUACUUAUUAAAUAGGAAGCAGAGUGUGCUGCAGAUAGAGCAAUGAAAUCUGCAGUAGAGAUUUGAACCUAGAAUGGUUUUCCUGCCAUUCCAGUGUUGAUCAGAGGCUUCUGUCAGGCCGCAGAUAUAGCUUAGUGGCAGAAUGCUUGCCUACAGUGUGUAAAGGUCUAGGUUUGACCCACAGCAACACACACACACACACACACACACACACACACACACACACACACACACACCAGCUUAUAAGUCCAGCUUGUAAAUAGCAUAGAGAGUAAAAUUUGCUGCACUGUGGAAUUCUUUUGAGUUUAUUUAUAUCAGAUAAUUAUAUUACUAAAAACGGAAAAUUAUUCCCUCUAUUUAAAUAAAACAAAACCCUUAACCAGUAUCUAAGUGUAUUUAAUUGACUCCAAUGUCAUUGUUUUUUCAUUUCACCUGUGUUAGUUGCUUAGAAACAUUUUCUCAGAAUGCUCACCGACAAGUAACUGCUUCUUCAAGUCAGAGCCUGCUUGGAGACGGUGGGGUUACAACAUGUCCAUGGCUUCCCAUAGUUGCUUGCUUCCUUUUCCCUGUUGUAUACAUGAGAAUAUUGAUAGCACCGUCCUCCCAGAAUACGUCUUACCAAGGAUUUGUAAGUCUAGCUCACAGUGUCAUCUGGGUUGGGCAGGUGCCUAUAGUCCCAGCACUGCUGAGAGGCUUAGGCAAACAGAGCGCAGCAAGUAUAAGACUAGCUUGGGCUAUGCAGUGAGCUUCAGAUCAGCUUGGGCCAAAGUGGUUGAAUCCUACAGGACAAGCUGAGCUCCAGCCUUCUCCUAUAAAGGGUAAUUGCUAUCUCUUUAAGCCUUUUGCCGUAUUGUUUGUUGUGUUUGGGAGGUGAUUAAACUUAGGAACUUAGGCUGUGCUGAGACAGUGCUGUAGGACAGAGCUACGUCCCCAGCUCUCUUUAAUACUGUUUAAUAUAGUAGCCAUUAGCCUACGUGUGGUUAUAUAAACUGGAAUUAAUGGAAAUUAGGUAGUAUUUCCACUUGUCUACUACAUGUGAAAACGUGGCUGAUAGUCGCUAGGCUGAGUAGCACCAAAGCAUCUCUACAACCUCCUGCCCACUCCAGCCUGUCCCACACUCUCCUGGAGCAAAGAGCAUCUGGAAUCUGUGAGCUGAUGCUUCUCCCAAACUUGGAAAUGUUCUGUCUUAAUCUUUACUUUCCCCUGCCCUGUUAAGCCUUCUCUCCUAGAACUUUAAUCAUGCCUUUGAAGUCAUCUCUCAGGUCAGUGAGGCUGUUGUUACAGGAAGGGCUUGCUUUUCUUUUUCUGUUCUUAAAAUCAGAUGAUUACUAAGGAGGUUUUUAAAAACCAUAUCUUUUUUUUUUUUUUAACUUCUUGAUUCUUUGUUAAAAGUCCUUAAGUAAACAGGGUACUAUAAAGACUCUGCCAGCCAUUUGGAAGCUGGGAAGUUGAGAAAGGCUAGAGAGAAAGUCUUAGCAUUCAGUCUGUGUAAGGUCACUGAACCUACCAACUCUCAACUGCUUUAUCCUCUCUGAAGGAAUUAAUCUUCUGUUUUACAGAGUCCAGGGCUUCAGGUAACAUCUACCCAUAUGGAAGGAAUGGAAAUCCAGGCCUAUUGAUAACAUCUUAAUCCUUUUGUGUUGUUUGGCUUGGGGGUGUUUUUGUUUGGUUGCUGGUUUGGUUUGGUUUGGUUUUGGUUAGGAUAGGUUUUGGUUUGGUUUUGGUUAGGAUAGAUUUAGUUUUGGCUUUUUUUUUUUUUUUUUUUUUUUUUUUUUUUGAGACAGGCAUUCUCUGGGCAUGCCUGAAUGUCCUGGAGCUCACUUGGUAGACCAGGAUGGCCUUGAACUCAGAGAUCCACCUACCUCUGUCUCUGCUGGGAUUAAAGGCAUGUACCACUACUGCCCAGCAUCCUCUUUUCUUUAUUUAACAGAGCUUUACUGUGGGUUGAAUUAAGAGCCUUGCAUUUGAUAGGCAGACUGCGUCCUCACCCUCUCCUCCUGUCUUUUAAAUGGCGGUGCAAGCCCAGAGUGCUGCAAGCCCUAAGCAUUUAGGAAUCUUACAGUAUUUUUGUCAAUCUGUGUAUUCUCCAUUAAGAUUUUAUUGCUUUUAUGUUUUCCUUCCUUUAUGGAUCUGUGGCUGUAAAAUGUUUUAUUCUCCUUUAGUUAUAGCAGUGUUCAUGUGUUUCAGGCUGGCUUUUAACUGUGUAGCUGAAGAUGACCUUGAACAUCUGAAUUUACAGGCUUAUGCUACAACUACUUUGUGUAGUGCUGGAAAUUGAACCCAGGACUUUGUGAAUUAGAGGCAAGCACUCUGCCCAUUCAACCACAUCCUCAGCCUUAAUGUGAAUUAUAUUUCUGUCUUCAAAAGACUGAUGAUACCUUCUUAAAAAUUCUUUUUGAGGGCUGGAGAGAUGGCUCAGCGGUUGAGAGCACCCGACUGCUCUUCCAGAGGUCAUGAGUUCAAUUCCCGGCAACCACAUGGUGGCUCACAACCAUCUGUAAAGAGAUCCGAUGCCCUCUUCUGGUGUAUCUGAAGACAGCUACAGUGUACUCAUAUAUAAUAAAUAAAUUUAAAAAAAAAAUUCUUUUUGAGCCAACAAGAUGGUUCAGCCAGUAAAGGUACUUGAAGCCUCCGGACAAACCUAAGUUCGGUCCAGGAGCCUGCCAAAUGAAGAAGGGAACAAACGCUGCGAGUGCCUUUGACCUCCACACGUAUACUGUGGAGGACACACACACACACACACACACACACACACACACACACACACACACAGAGGAAGACAACUAAGUAAAUGAAAUUUUUUAAGUCCUUAUUUACCUUUCUAUAUAGACUCAACUUUGAGAUGACUGUGACUAAAGGACUAGUCCUUUCUGCUUACAGUCCUCUCUUUUUAAAGUGUUGAUUAGGGAAAACAAGUGGAUGUGUGCCUCUUGAUUCUUUUUCCUUGCAUGCCUAUUCUAAAAUAAGACAGCAUCCAUUGCCUGUGAUGAGGGAAGAAAGUGGAACAUGAGCUUCAGAGGACACCACUUCUGAUCCUUGUCUUUAAGACUUUAUCGUCCAGAAGGGGUUUUACUGUAUUGCCCUAAGAAAAUUCUGUCCCUUGUCACUCCUACAUUGUAGUCGCAGCUUGUAAGACAAUCCGUUGCAGAUGAUGCCUGUCCCCGGUAUUUCUCGUCUCCCGUAUGUCCAUUCAUACUCAGAACGUCCACAGCCGUAGCUGUUGGAUCAGGAAAGCUGGUGAGUGCUUCCAAAGGAAGCCUUUGCAGCAGCUUCCCUUGGAUGAAACAGGCUGGCCUGGCAUUUUCAGCUUUUUUCCAACUGAUGCAUAGUGCGAACAAGUUCAGGGUUCAAGCUCCAUUGGCUUUUCAUGGUCCAUAGUUGGGGACUCCACAUGGUCUUUAUGGGUGCUGCUUGUUCCAUGUACAAGGUCCUUGCUGAUAGCGAGCACAGGCAUCUACACUGCCUUCCCUCAGAGAAGAUAAGACAGGAAUCUCCUGGGCAGUUUUUUAGUUUUUUUUGUUUGUUUGUUUGUUUGUUUUUGUUUUUGUAACCAAUACCCCACCACGAAAUUGUUGUAAGAACAUGUCUGUAGUUAGAAUUUCUACUGUUGUGUAAAACACCGUAAUGAAAAGCAACUUGGGGAGGAAAGGAUUUUUUUCAACCUGACAUCACAUUUUUUUCGACAUCACAGUCCAUCACUGGAGUCCAGAGGCAAGAGCUGAUGCAGAGGCCAUGGAGGGAUGCUGCUUACUGGCUUGUUCCUCAUGGCUUGCUCAGCCUGCUUUCUUAUAGAACCCAGGACACCAGCAUAGAGGUGGCACUGCCCAUCAUGAGCUAGGAUCUCCCAUAUCAAUGAUUAGUCAAGAAAAUGCACCACAGGCUUGCCCAUAAGCCAGUCUGGUGGGAGCAUUUUCUCAAUUGAGUUUCCUUUUUUCCAAAAUGACUCUAGCUGUGGUAAGUUGACAUAAAACUAAGCAGCACAAAGAAAAAAAGGUUUAUUUCACUUCACAGUUCCUUAUCACAGUUUGUCGUUGGAAAAAGUCAGGGCAGAACCUAGAGGUGGGAACUAAAGCAGAAAGAAGCCCAUAGUGGAAGGCUGCUGGCUUCUUCCCUCAUGCCUUGCUCGACCUGCUCAGUCUGCUUUCUUUCCUGCCUCCUCCUUCUCUUCCUCCUCCCUCUCUUCCUCUUUUUCUUUCUUUGUUUUUCUCUCCCUUGAGACAGAGUCUCACUAUGUAGCAUUGGCUGUCCUGUAACUCCCUAGGAGACAAGCUGCCUCAAAUUCAUGGAGAUCCUCCUGCACUCUGCCUCCCAAGUGCUGGGAUUAAAGGUGUACACCACCACCUCUGGCCUAUUAGCCUGAUUUCUUAUAUCCCCAGGGCCACCUGCCGAGGGAUAGCAUAACCCAUAAUGAGAUGGGUUCUCCCACUUGAGUCACUAAGAAAGUGCCCCACUGGCCUGCCCACAGGCCACUCUUAGGGAGGCAUGUUCUUAACUGUGGUUCUCUCUUAGAUAUAUCUAGGUUUGGGUCAAAUUGACAAAAACCAAGCAGCACCUCUGUUACAGCAGUUGCCCCCCUGAAUGACGCAUGCGAGCGAUAGGCAGUAACACUAUUCUCAGGAGGCCAGGCACUCUGCUAGAUGAGAAUUCUGCCACCAGUGUCAGGAGAAGGUGCUGCUGAACACAGAGCUCGGGUCUCAGAACUCCAAGCUCACGCCAUAGGGAGGCUCCUUGUGAGGCUAUUGUUCAUGGGGACAGAGCCUGUGCUGAAACCUGGAGAAUGGAUAAGGAAUUUUUAACAACUUAUAAAGUCCCUGCACUGGCAAUAGUCUAUAAUAGACUUUUGUUUAUUAAAAUCAAACCAUCUUCCAUCAUAAUUUUAAGUUACGAGUGGAUGAUAGAAAAUGAAAUCCAGUUGAAUCUUCUCAUUUGUUGAAUGGCUGGAAAUAACUUUAACUGUACAGUCUUUAUGUAUUUAGAGAACUUUGAAGUUUCGAUACAAAACAGGUAACAACCUCUUUGUAGUCCCUCUCUUCUUGUUAUUCUGAAAAAAAUCUUCACACAAAGCUUUAAUGAACAUUAGAUGUUCGAGUUCAAGAGAAGGUUGGGAUUUUCCUGAGCGGACUAAGGUCACGUAUGGAUUUACUUACACUACUCUCAUGCUUUGCUCCAGCUUUGUUUUAAAAGAUAGGACUUUUUAUUUUUUACUUUUUAAAUACAUGGGUUAUGCAGGCUUUAUAAUAUAAAAAUCAUUACAUAUUGAAAUAAAACUUGAGGGCUUAGGGUAUAGCCUACUGGUGUAGCUCUGCCUGUCACGUUCAAGGCCUGGGGUUAACUUUCCACCUCCCCCACCCCCACCCCAACAAAGAAAACCAAAUCCGCACAGAGCAGGUAGUGCAGAUGCUUAGCAUAGCCCUCUGAGCCCACGUGUGUAAAGACACAGCCGUGGGCUCAGCUGUGUCGCAGGGGCAGAACUCUUGCUCACAUGCACAAAACACUGCAUCCCUUUCAUAGUGAGAAUAAUGCCUCAGAGUUGGAGGGGUAGCCUUUACUCUUCUGUUUCAAAGCCUGUCUGUUUUCUGGUAGAAUUCAUACUGCACUGAGUGUCUGCAGGAAUAGUACCAGUGUGUAUUAUCCUAAAAUGUUCUGCUUCUUUCUGUCUUUGUGGAAUUCCAUAAAAAAGAAUGUUGGUUUUUUGUUUGUUUUCUGAAAUAUGUCUUCCUUUAGCAUCCCUGUAGGUGCCAACUGUAGAUGUUAUAGAAUAAGUUUCUUUCAGAAUCAAGGUGCACAGAGUGAAAAUCAUGGGUGUGUGUAAUGAAAACGUGCCUGGUCUAAACUCAUUUUUACUUUUAUUAAUGUUUUUGUGUUACUUUGAGAUAAAUUCUCUAUGUUGCCCAGUCUGGCCUUGAACUCCCAGUCCUACCUGAGUGUCCUGAGUAGCAGGGGUUACAGUUGUACAUCACUGCACCUGGCUUUGUUGCCCCUCUUGUUUGAUUUCAGGGAAGCCUGGUUUAAGGGAAAGUAUUGAUAAGGUUAGUCAUUAGUCUUAGUAUUUUAAAAAAGAAAACUCAGUUAGAACUGGGGUUUGCUGAUGAAUAUCACUAGGUUCUAUCAUAGUUUGGAAACUAAGAAAAUAUCGACUAAUCAUUUUUGAAAGUACAGUGGUCCUUGGCUUAGUAGGCUCCUUUGUUUCCAGGAACCAUUCAAAGAGUUGGAGGGUAAAUACUCGUAGUCUACUGCUUUCACUGACAAUAUCUGCCUCUUCUGUAUAUGACCACUUCCAUAAUGGACUAUGUAGAGAUAGCUUCUGUGCUCAGUGAUCUGUCCUUCUGUCAAGCACCUCAACAGCCACAUGUCUUCCUUUUGUUCACAUAAGGUUGGAUAACAUACUGGCCAGUACACAGGCACAGCUGUGUCUCUACUUGAUUUCCAAUUUAUAGUUAAUGAAGUUUUUGUGUUGUCACUAGGGCUUCUAGCAUACUAGUCUGUGAUGUUGGAAAUUAUUAUCUGAGGACUUGGUACAAUGUAUAUUAAAUAUGUUUUAAAGGGCCUUUUUAAAUUAUUCAGUGGGGGAGGGAGCGAAGGAGAGGAGAGGGAGAGAGGAGGGUCUCUGUGACCUCCGUGACCCGUAGAGUAACAGUCUGUGAGAGGCGAAAAGAAGACAGUUCUGUUCAAAGUGACUCAGUACCUGGUGUUCAAACUCCUGAGUAGUUUAUUUUAGGUGUAUUUAAGCAGCACAAUUUGGUGAAAACUUUGCUGGUGAUCAAUAACUCAAUUCCAUGUGCACAAUUAAGCAUACAUAAAUCUUGAGGAACAAAGUAAACUAAAGAUCAGACAGGACUGCAUUAAAACCACAUAUGACACUUUCUAUAAAGAUAGGAUUGAUAGAUUGAGGGAAAAGCUCCUGGUAAGAGCUGAGGAGGAUCCAGUAUGGCCACACAGACAGCACAAAGGUCACCAGGCUAUUAAUUCUGUCAGCUGUCAGCCUUCUGGGCAGACAACAGGUUGUGCAUCCCUUCCUUUGAAGGAAGUGUAUGUUUGACCUUCCUUUUAAGAAAUCCUGUGUGUUUAACCUUCCUGGUUCUCCUAGGCUUUUCUGUGAGCACAAGAACCUUUUUGCCUCUUACAGUGUGGAUGUGCACAUAGAGGAACCUGAAAACAAUUUGCACAAGUUGGUCACCUGUGGGUCCUAGAGACCUGACUCAGGCUGUAUAUGGCAGGCGUCCUUAUUUGCUGCACCAUUGGUAGCCCCUGUCUUCAGGUCUAACAGCGACUGGAGGAAUAGCUUAUCGGCAGAACUCUUAUCCGGUGUGUGUAAAUCCCCUGGGUUCAAUUUCUUGAACAUUAGAAAAUAAGGAAAGUUUAACAAUAAGCUCUCACAGCAGGCAGGAGGUUCCCUUCCUCCACUGCACCCCUGAGCAUUAAUGUUAUGACAUUUAAGAUGUGACAGCUGUAGUCUCCCAGUCCUGGCAGGGUACGGGUCGCUGUCAUUGAAAGGGAAGAGAGGAUUCCCGUGCUGUGUGUUUGUUGUGUAGGGUUUGCAGAACUGCCAAGGUAGGAGUUUGGCAUUUGCAGGGCUGGAGAGAUGGCUCAGUGCACUGGAGGCUCUUGCCAAGGACCCAGACUCAGUUCUCAGCACCCACUGGAGGCCCAACAGUCUGUAACCAGGGAAUCUGAUGCCCGCUUUUGGCCCCUGUGGGUGCCAUGGACCCAUGUGAUACACAUCUAUACAUGCAGGCAAAGCACUCACACACAUAGAAUAAAAAUAAAUCAUAUUAAGUUUAGCAUAUGGAAAAGUGACCUGUCUCUAGACUGAAAGGCCUGUGAAAUUAUUGAUGGCUAUUUUUGGCCAUCAGUACUAUAACAGCUAAAUGACACUGUAUAAAGGAAUUUUAUUAAAGGCCAAUUAGAGGAAGAAAAGGCGAAUGUUUGUAGUGAAGGUGUCGGGAGAGUCACGGGGUUGUUCGCUGUACUAGUAUCACUUAUUAGUCAAAGUCAUAGUUUGGCAAAAAGAUGUCAUAGAAGUUCCUAGUUUAUUUUCCUUCCAUAAAGUGUGUUUGUUUGUUUGUUUGUUUGUUUGUUUGAAAUAAGAACUUGGGGCUGCAUACAUAGCUCAGUGGUAGAGCUUGGGCCCUGGGUUUAAUCUGCAGCACCACUUUGGGGGCAGGAGAGGGGAGCCACUUUGAGCAAGAACAGCGACAUAUAUCUUGACAUUAUUUUCUCUUGACCUGAAGUUCCUUGUAAGGCACGCAGCUCAUAGGACUGAACAUUGCUUGGCUGUUGUUUAACCCUCUUUCUUUAAGCUCACAUUUCCAGUCUGAAAGAAUAUACAUUCAUAAUUGUCUAAGCUGAGAAGCUGAAGUCCUGACAGAACUUUAUGUGUCCUAACCAUGUCCUUCUCUCUUCUUACAUCAUCGACUCCAUUUGUUCCAUUUGACUCCAGUAAGUCCACUGCUACUCUGAAACCUUUAAAUUGGCCAUUUUCUUGUCUGGAGUAUGUAUGCCCUCCCAACUUCUAUCUACGUGGUUUAUUUGCUUCAUUCAGGGCUCUGCCAAAAUAGAUUCUUUAAGUAAAGUCUAACUCCACCGCUGCUCCAGUCCCUUGACCUUUUUCCUUCCUGUGCUACUUACUACAUUUUAAAUACAUGUUUUUCCCUCUCACCUCCUUCCCCACUCUGAUGAGAGCAAACUUUAGAAGAGCAGCAGUUACUGCCCCCACACUCACAACACCUCAGUGCCUAGAACAGUGCCAAACGACAUAGUAGUAAAUAUUUGUUAUCAGUGACCUUUUUCCCAUUUAGAAAUGUCAGAUUCCUCCAGUUCUUGAACAGUAUCCAGCAAGACCAACUCUUCAUCUUAGCAGGGUCUCCCCUAUAAUCUCUGCCUGUUGCUUGGUAGUCCAACAGCCAUUUGUGGAGGGGAGGUAAUCCUAAACCUAAAUUUAAUCUCAGACCAUCACAGGUUCCUGUCCGUGGGAGGGAACAGGAAAGGGUGUACAUGGAUACAUCCCAAGAUUGGAGGUGAGGAGACAAAUAGAACAUCUUCUAACAUUUGGAGAAGUUCUGUGUCACUAACCUACGCCUAUACACCUUCAGAAUAAAAUCGCACUGCCAGCCCUAAGUUAUUUAUGAUGUAAGAGCUCAAGACUACCUUUAUUAGUGUUUCUAGGGUAAAUCUCGAAGCUCAAGCUCAGAGUAAAUAAAAAAGUUCAAGGAUUCUUUCUAAGUGCCUUAGAAAAACCAGAGUGAUCAUUUCUUAUACCGGCAGGAAAUACAACUAAACAAGACAUUUUCACUGAGAGACUAAAAUGUAGCUUGCUUGCCUUUCAUAACCCAAAUAAAGGCAAAGAAGUCUGUGAAAGAGACAAUGCACAGAGAGGUGGAAGGACAUUGAAUAGAAAGUUAAGAUGGGCAUGAUAGCUCUUGUCUGUAAUCCCAGCACUGAGAAGGUGGAAAUGAGAGGACCACCGAGAGGCCAGCCUGGACUACCUACUCAAACCCCACCUCUAAAACCAAAUCAAGGUAAAAUGACACAGUUGUUCACUUUACCUGCUCCUUCAUUUAUUUGCUUUAAGGACAAUUUGCUUGUAAGGAUUUCAGAGCUGGGCAUGGUGGCACAUACCUUUAAUCCUAGCACUUGGGGAACAGAGAUCGGUGGAUCACCAUAAGUUUGAAGCUGGCCUGGUCUACAUAGUGAGUUCCAGGCCAGUUAGGGAUGCAUAGAAAAGAAAACCGUUUCUUCAGAUAAUGAUCAAACAGUCUACCUUUUGCCUUUAAAAGAAAAAUUCUGAUUCUAGGUUUGUCUUUGUAUGUAAUCAGAAAGUUUACACUAGUAAGGAAAAAUAGGUAUGAUUAUAAAUUAAGAGAUAUGGGGUACAAAGGUUGAAAUUCCUAAGCUGAACUUCAGUUUGGGAAUGAAUUGUCACCUAGCUGGCUGUUCUUACACUACAGAUAGUGUUGGGACUUUGAGGGUUAGUUUAGCCUGUCUCCUGCUGUUCAGAGAGCUUCUGUAAAGGCUAUAGGUAGGCUACUUGGAUCUGAUUUAAAUUGCAAUAAGAAUUACAGAACUUGGCUAGAGAGACAGCUCAGUGAUUAAGAGUGCUUGCCCUGCUUCUUCAGAGAACCAAAGUUUGGUUUCUAGGACCUAAACCAGGAGGCUUACAACUAUCUGUAACUCCAGCUCCAGGACAUCUGACACUCUUCCAUGCCCUACAGGCACCUGUAUGCAUGUGUGCAUGUACACAUAAGUAAAACUUAAAGAUAAAUCUUUAAGAGUUGUAGAACUUGAUUGUAGUAGUUCUAAUGGUCCUGUGCUUUGGGCUUCUUUCAUAGAUAGACUUGGAUUCAUUCUUGUGUGCCUCUACCCAAGUCAGAAUUCUGACAGUUUAAUCUCUCAUUGAAACCAAUAUCUGUCUGCUUUACAACCUUAAUCUACUCCUUGACAUUUUUGGAAUCUAAUCUAACCCAUGGUCUAAAUGACUUGAGAACUUUUGAGACUAGAUUAAGAAGCUCUCCUGGCAGAAAGAGAACUUAUAGAAGACACAUUUCUGUUUUUAUCUCCUCUCAAAACCUAAAAAGAGAUUGGCUCCUGAGAAUUUGUUGUAUUUUUAAAGUCCAGUAAUAAUUUGUCCACUGGAGAAUUUUGAGUUCUAGGAGUUAUGAAAGAGGAGGUACGUAUUCAAAGCUUCCAUUUCUGUCAAAACUAUAGGCACUGAAGUGCAUGUCAUUGCCCAUAGGGGCUUUUACCUAGGGACCUGGAACACUGUUUCUGUCAGGAGAGGAAGCCGACAUACUUGCCCUGUGUAGGGUUCCUGUUCACAUACUCUUGACAGUGGAUAACACCCCACCAUCUCCAGAGAACCAACAAGGAGAGCCUUUAACUAGGACACCCAGCAGUUUGGUUUGAGCCCUGCUCGGCUCACAUGAGUUCUCCUCACCUAGCAGAUGGUCAAAGAAAGAAUAGAACGAGAACUGUCUGCAGAUCAGCAUUGGACUAGAGAUUAAUUAGAAUUUGAUGAGAAGUAAACUGCUCUUUUCUGUACAGACUUUCGUGUUUCUGCUAUGUUUUUCAUUGUGCCUAGAUACUGUCAGAUGAGGCAGAUAGCUCUGCUUCAUCAGGAUAUCUCUGAGGAUCUCCCAUAAUUGAUUGGUCAACAGGCCUUGAAAUGGAAGGCAAUAUUUAAACUUUAGGCAGACGAUAAUUUUGGCAUUAAUUAUGAAGAAAGCUGUAGGUCAAUUGAACUCCUGCAGCUAACAGAAAGGGCCGUUUCUGCCCGAGCCUCAGAUGCUGCACCUCACACUUAGAGUCUGUGCCAUUAAAAACCUGUCACUCUGAGCCAUUCCCCUAGGAUCUGUUGACUAGGUUGUGGGGUGCUUUAAAAACACGUCUGAAUCAUCACUCCUCAGAGAACUGGAGAUGGUUGGCGUCACUGCUCGGUCCUAACUUGGACUGGUCUGCAAAUAAUCUCUCCAAAAGCUAAAUGCAGAAAAGGAAUAAAAAGAAAUUAUUCUCCAGAGACUCGGAAAGGUCACUUGUGACGUCACAGAGUAAAUAAGAUACUCUGGAAGGUGAGCCCUAUACUGCUCACUUGGUUUUGGUUUUGAUUGUGUCUGUACCUUCUUUGGUUACCUGUGGUGAGGGGUGUGGUAAGAGGCCUCAUCUGCCAGAGUUCAGACUGAGUUCAUUUCAGACCUUUUUAUAGUGCUUUUAAAUACACUGGAACACAGUUAGAAUAUUAAUUUAGCCUGUUCUUCUCCAGCUGUGCCGCCAUAAAGAGGCUGCAGCUACUGCAGUAGGCUUCCUAUACUAGGAAAAGAAAGUAAUUGUGGGGUACAGGCUGACGCUGACAGGCUACUCUUUCCCCAGCAGCCCCUGAAAGUAACUUUAAAAAACAUUAUUAUUGUUAUUAAGCAUUUUUAGCUCACUUUUGUGCUUCAGAGAGCCUUGUAAUAAUCCUGUCUAUUUACUCUUCCUGUUGAUGUCCUGAGAAGGAAGCAGGUUCAUAGUGCUGUGGCCACAUGUUGCACAUGGUAUAUGCCAGAGCAGCAGGCAGCCCUCUCCUUGUACCAUCUGUGAUCUGCUUUGGGAAGUCUUAGGGCUGAAGCUGAAGCAGGCAUACUAUUCCUUUGUUCAGUGAAUCCAUUUUUCAUUUUUGUUUGGGAGUGUGGUUAUUGUGAGUCUUAUACUCUUUGAACGGCAUUAAUUUUUCAUCAUGCAUAUUUACAUAGGUGAAAUGAACAUUAACUGCUUAUGAGCUAGAUAGUGAUAUUUUCAAUCUGUGUCUUGUUUUUUUAAGGCAUGGUCUUGCUGUGUAGCCCAAGCUGGCCUCUGGCCUUGUACUCCUGCUCCCAGCUCUUGAGGACUGAGAUUAUCGGCAUUUCCAUUAUAUCUGCUUUUGACAUUUUGGAACUGGAUCUUGCUAUCUUUCUAUUCGGUCUAUAGUGGCCUCAUACUUACCAUACUCUUUUCCCAGUACCUGGGAUUAUAAGCAUGUGCCAACAUACAUAGAGAUAACUUUCUGUUUUUAUUUGUAUCUAUUUUUUAUGCCAGUUUCAACUCACUCAACUUUAAGAACCACCAAUCGGCCUUGCUAAGGGUACUUGACUUUUGUUGUUGUUUUAUUUUUUGAGACAGGGUCUUUCUAUGUAGCCCUGGUUGUUCUGGAACUUGCUAUGUUGACCAUUCCCUACCUUUGUCUCCUGAGUUCUAGGAUUAAAGGUGUGUAUCACCAUGCCUAGCACUGAGGAUACUUAAAGCUAAAGCCUAUACAAUGAAAGUACUUAGGAGCCAGAAACAAGCAGAUAGAUCUCUCUGAGUUCAAGGUCAAUAAGUCUCAGGCCAGGCAAGGUUAUACAGUGAGAGAAUGCCUUAAAGACAGACAUGGAUGGAUGGGUGGGUGGAUGGAUGGAUGGAUGGAUGGAUGGAUGGAUGGAUGGAUGGAUGGAUAGAUGGAUAGAGGGACAGACGGAUGGAUGAAUGGAUGGACGGACACCUUAGAGGUAAAAGAAGAUACAUAUUUUCAUAUUAAAACAUAUACAUGUAUUAUGAAAUUAAUUCAAUAGAACUUCAAAGGAAUUGCAUCCUUAUCAUAGGCUAAUUCAUAUUAAAAUAAUUUUUACCUUUCCUAUUUUCUCCUAGUAAGCAUGCAUGCUUUACCCCUCUGUUAAGGAGCAUACACUAGGAGGCUGAAAAGUGCUCUAUUUGCAGAGCCUUUAAACUAAGUUCAUAUCUUGUCUAAACCAAAAGGGGGUCAAAAAGCUUUGAGUAGAGGGGUAGACAUUAGCUCAGCAGUUGAAAGCCCUUGCUGCACGUGUGGAGGACCUGAGUUCAGCACCCACAUCUGGCAGCUCACAACUGCAUCUCAUAAGUGUAACUGCCUCUACCAGGGGAUUGGGCACCUGUUCUAAUGUGUCACGUGCUUGCACACACACACACACACACACACACACACACACACACACACACUUAUACACACACACACAUACUUUUUUUUUGUUAAAUGAUGAUAAUUUUUAUAAUCAUUCUUACAUAGUACCUACCCAACAACACUCCUAUGAAUAUGGGUACUAGAAAACAUAGUAAACAAAAGACAAAAAUUCCUUCAAAUAAUCCAUGCUUUCCUUAGAGGGGUACGACCAAGCCAACAAAUAAAGUUAAAAAGAGAAUAAAAAGCAUAUGGGACAAGAAAGAGGACAGUGAAAAAAGUCAGCUAAAGCAAGGAUCUAUCUGUGGCUCCUGGGGCUGUACAGGGAUGUAUCAUAAUACUUGGUCUGGAAGACCUGCCUCCCUAAGAUUAACCGUGAUGAGAGCAGAGCUGGGAGGAGGCAGUCAACCAUGCAGAUGUCAGGAGGAAGAGUGUUCCACAGAAGAAACAGCAAGGGCAAAAGCACAGAAUUAGAUGUGUGCCCUGUGCAAAGAACAGCCCUUAUCUGGAACUGCCAAGAGGAGCCGUCACCGCAUGAGUGGAGAGCACAUUAUAGGCAGUUCAUUCUGAAUGAGAUGGGACCAGUGAAGGUUUGCACAGAGAAGUACUUGCCGGACAGUGUAUGUUUUAAUAUCCUUCUGGCUACUGUGUUGAGAAUAAACUGGAGAAGGUAAAUAAACGUGUGAAGGGGAGUUGCAGGUGGAUGGGUGGAGACACAAGCAGAAAUAGGAAGAUGCUAAAAGGUUCUGUAUUUUAUAUAUUGAGUUUGAAAUGAUAGCAGGGGCAGGAGAAAGAGAGAGCUCAGUGUUAAAGAGUAAGGUAUGCUCUUUCAGAAAACCCAAGUUUGAUUCCCAACACCCAUGUUAAGUGGCUUACAAGCUCCUGUAACUCCAGUGCCUCUGGCCAUUAUGAGCACACACACAAAUGUGCACAAAACCACACACAGAUACACAUAUGUACAUAGUGUUUUAAAUUUAUCUUUCAAAACAAUGAUAACAUGAAGAUGGGCUUGAGUGUGAUCCCAGCACAAUUAGCCCCCCUACCACCAUCAUCUUAUAGAAAGGUUUUGUUUUAUUUUGUUUAAAUUUUAAUGGAUUAUACCUGUCUCUGUAGGAGUCCGAGACAGAAGGAUCUGAGCCACAUGAGAUUGUGUCUUUAAAACAGUAAAGGCCUGGGGUGCAGCUCCAUCUUGGAGCACUUGCCUAGCAUAUGAGAGGCUCUACAUCCAAUGUCCAACACCCUGAAGAAAAGGAAGCGGAAGAAGGGGGGAGGGGGAGAAGAAGAUAGGUUCUAGGGCUUGCUCCUGAAGCAGCGCAGUACCCAACACUCAACAUGGUGACCCACAACAAUUUGUAACUCCAGUUCCAGGGAUCCAACUCCCUCUUCUGACUUCUGCAGGCACCAGACAUUACCAUGGUGCACAUGUGUGCAGGUGAAUAAUCUCAAAGAAGAGACAGGCUCUGUUUACACUCAAAGAUGGUUGGCAUAUCCAUGGGCAUUUAGCUUGCUCUUUUGUUUAUUUGGUUGGUUUUUUUAUUUUUAUUUUAUUUGAUUGAUUGAUUGAUUGAUUGAUUGAUUGAUUGAUUGAGAUAGGACACACACACACACACACACACACACACACACACACACACACACACACACACACACACACACACUUGGCUGGCCUGAAACUGACUAUGUGGACCAGGCUGACCUCAGACUCAGAGAUCUAUCUGCCUCUGCCUCCCAGAUGCUGGGAUUAAAGAUGUGUCUCACCAUGCCUGGCUAGUAUCUAGCAUCCUUUAGAUAUAGUCUACUACCUUAAAGUGCUAGAUAAUAUUUUGGUUCUGAUUUCAAACUUAAAAAAUCACCACCAUCUAACUUGGACUCCUACACCUCACCCUGGGCCACAUUGGGAGUGUGUGUUCCUGAGAGAGCUUUGUUCUGAAUAUGAAUGAAGUGCAUAAUGGAGGGGACCCAGUGAACAGACUGGCGCUGUGGUCCAUCUGUGUACUGCCCUUCCCUUAAGCCCAUCCAGCAAAGAUUGAUGGGCCCAGGCUGUGUGCUGGUCAAAGUGAAAUGCCCUGUACUCUCAGCUCACUGUAGCAGUAGUGACUGUGUAAAUAAUAAGUUUGUAUCUGCACUGUAAUAGUAGUGUGUGCAUUGGGUGCUGUGAGGGGGCUUUUAGGGCUUUCUGAAAAUUUAAGACUGAGCUAGUCUUACAGUUAAACAAAGCUUAAGGAAAAGAAUGUAUCAAGCAGAAAGAACAGAAUGUGAAAAGUGCAGAGCUUUGAAUUUCAGUAUUGGGGAACAAGAAGUAAUUUGGAUAUGGUUGAAAUGAAGGAAAUAGCCGGGAGAGGUAGACAGGAGGCAGAUCCAAGAGAACACUGACUCCUGAGAUGAACACAGUUCUUCCCCAUGGUAAGAGUUUGAAAACUGCAAAGUACAAAUUUUAAAAGCUAAUAUAAAAGAUUAAAACAUUUCCCCUGAAAGUAACCUGUGCAGUUGCUCCCAAAAGAUGUUCCCUUACCAAGCCACAGUUGAAAGAGGCAUUUACCUUAAGCAGACAGUUUGCCAGUAAGCCCUUUAAAACUCUGAUUCCUAUGGAGCGUAAUAGUAAUAGUAAAAUCUUGUGUGAUCUAAUGUGGGUAUCCUUAAUUACUUUAAAAAAAAGUCAAUAAAAAAUCAAAAGAAAUGGAGAUGGUGAAAGCAGUUUCUUGGUGUCUUAUGUUCCUCAUAGUGCUUGUGAGUUAGCAUUCUGUGUGCUUAGCAAACACAAACUCUUCUUUAUGACAGCCCCGGGAAUAAUGCCUCUGAUCUCUUUGUAGACAGGAAAUUAAUCUGAGUACUACUUGCCCCUAAGUCACACAGCAAGCACAUGUCAAAGUUAGAAUUCGAAGUCAGUAGUUCUGGCUCCCAAGACUCUGCCAGCACUGUCUGCUGCCUUUGAUUAGAGGCAGAAUACUUCACAUUCUAGAGCAGACAUUUUGGGGCAGUCUUCAGGGAAGAAGAAAACCCUGUAAUGUGUAUCACAGUGUCAGGGGGUUCCUGGCUUUUUUAGGAGGUCCAGAUUUAGCUGGCCAAAUUCCAGGAACAUUUUGUGGACUUUUAUUGCAGUCAGACUUUGAUGGAACAGGCAUCUCAGAAAGACAAAUGUUUAUGGACUCACUCGGGCUUCUUAGAAGGUACUGCUGUAAAUUAGUGGUCAUUCUAGACACAGUUUCCAGAUGGAGAAGUUGUAAUUCUUUCAUAUAGAGCAGAUCCCUAGUGUCCAUUGUGAAAAACCUGUCCGGAUGGUUCUGAUAAAAGCUUUAGUUAAGACCCACUAUCCCUGUGGAGAUAAGCAUCUUAUUUUCUCUAUUUUUAGUUCCUUCACAAAAGCUUGGAAUGGAGUGAGUACCAGUAAAUGUUUAAACUGAUGGCACGUUGUGAGAGCUGACUGCUUUGUAUUCCGAAUGAGGGUAAUGACAAUCAUUAGUAUUCCCGAAACCCUCGGUGGCCAGCCAAUUCCAUUUCCCCAAGUCUCAAUUGGAAAUGUCCUUCACAGAGCCAGGCACUGCCUUGAGACCUAACGUGAACAGUGUCCUUUUCUCAAAUUCUUCUGCUGAGAGUCGGGUGGAUUAAAGUUUAGCUCUCUUCUAGAAGCCCAUGGCUGCUCAGCGGUGCUGUUCAGCGGUGCUGUAAGAGCCUUACGUCCCUUUCCUGACAUUCCUUACCCUGCUUUAACCUACCAGUCUCUGAGAACCAGGCUGUGUGCUGAAGGUCAGAGACUUCUGGGCUUGGGGAUUGUAAGGUCAGAAGAACAGCUCAAUAAGAAAGUAAUUGAAGGAGUUUUGAGAGACCAGAGAGACUGUUAUCAAGGAGGCACACCCAGGAAAUGGGGAGGAAGCAAAGGUGCUAGUUACCUUCAGAAAAGGAGCUGGUGAGAAAUUGGGGACUGCAAACGAGUUUCCUCCAUCACAUAGUCGCAGUUUUGAUGAAGAGACAGGUACCUAGUUUGGAUAGGAAAGAAGGGAUGAUGGGUGAUCAGUGCCCCUCCGUCUGCCCCAUCAGAGAAGCUUUGUGCAGUACAUGGGAAUUAGGACAGAGAGCCACAACCGGAAUGGUGGGCAGAACGAGAGAGAGGCUUUGGAGCACUGAGUCCUAAAUGGGAUGUCUCCAUCAAAUCCCAUCCCUGAAGAUCAGGGGUCUAUGUAGAAGAGGAUUACAGUUGUAAAAUCCAGCGCUAGUGGGUGACUAGGGAACGGUAUCUUCCAGAUACUAAGGACUGGUGCAUGCAUGAACUCAAAGGAUGUGGCAUCAUGCACAAGACCUGCACAGGUUCAAGCCAUUACAGGUCCCAGCACUUGAGGGUAAAUGAACCAGAGUUCUUCUCCCAGCCAAAAGGCUGUUUGCAAAGGGCAAACUCAGUUUUCUCCAGGGGAAUGCCAUUGGCUAUAUCAGCCACACUCCAAGGCAGGCCCAUGCUCAGGAGUAGUCAGUGAACAUACAACUCUGGUAUUUUUGUGGGCUUUUGUUGCAUUUUGCUUUGUUUGGCUUUUUGUGUGUAUGUGAGUGGGUGGGGCCUUAUUGGUCUUUUGCUUAUUUGUUUUGAUUUUCAUUUUUGUGAGGUUUUGUGUUUCUUGGCUUUUUUAUUUUUGUUUCUUGUUUGUUGUUUCUGUUUCGUUUUUUGAAAGAGAAGUUGGGUAGGUAGGGAGGUUGGAAGGCUCUAGAUACACACUUUUUUUUUAGCUUUACUUUCUUGUUUGUUUAGUCUUGUCUUUUGAAAUAGGGUCUCUGUAAUACCGGUUGGCUUGAACUCACAUCAUCCCUUCUGCAUCAGCCACUUCUACUGGUUUCUUUUACUUUUUAAGAGCAAAGUGAGAAGGAAGUAGGCUUGGAUAGUGAUCAUAGACCUCGCCCAGAGGAACACUUUCCUACAGUACAGGGACCGUGGUGAGGAAGUCAUAGGUGGCAGAGCGCAGCGGAGUAUUGGAGGAGCAGCUCCCUCUCUUCCCACCUUCCAUGCCCUGGACCCUGCUGUAGGACUGCCUGUUCCCCCACACUUUCAUUAUUGUUGUCUCCCAAACGAAGUAUCUGCAGUGAGACCAUAGCCCAGCAGUUCGUGUUGUGGGAAGAAAGCUCAUCUGUUGCCUUUAGUGCUUUUCCUUAGAACCACCAGGUUUACCAGUGCUCGAGCCUGCAUUGUGCUAGGACCUGGGAAGUAGGCUUAUCAAACCCAUCUCUUGGAAAAGUUAAGAGGCAUCUGUGGCCUCUAGUUUUUGUGGAAAAAAAGAAAAAAACAUAACGGAGAUUGAUUUGAACACAGACAAACUUGAGUUUGAAUCUUGGUGUAGUCUUUAUGACCUGGGUGUUCCUUUUCCCUCCUUUAGUUUCCUUAUCUAUAAAACCAGAAGGGAAUGAUGCCUGCUUUGUUAGAAUAGUUAUGAAAAAGAACAGAAAUGUUAUGCAGAGGAGGCUGGAGGACCUGAAUUUCAUCCUUAGAACCUAUGUAGAAAUUCAAGAUGUGGCGCAUGCAUCACGCAAAUGGAGACCGGGUAGCCUAAUUGGUGAGUUCUAGACCAGUGAAAGACCCUGUCUCAGAGGAGGUAGACAGGGCUUAGAGUAUGAUACCCAAAAGAUGCCCUCUGACCUCUGCAUAGUCAUCAUAGUUUCCAUGUGCACCCGGAAUCACUCAAGAAUUUCAAGUUUUUUUUAAAGUUGAAAAGACACUACUACAGAGCUUAUCGUUUGUCUAGAGCAGUGGUUCUCGGCCUUCCUAACACUGCAACCCUUUAAUACAGUUCCUCAUGACCCCUACCAUAAAAAUGUUUUCGUUGCUACUUCAGAACUGUUACUUUGCUACUGUUAUGAAUAGAUGUAAAACCCUGUGAAAGGGUCCUUCAGCCGCCACAGGGGUGGAGACUACAGGUUGAGGAUCACUGGUCCUAGAGGGUAUGCCACAGAUGGGCUUCCUGGAGACAUUUCUCACAAGUAGUCACAGUUAUAUGUUGGUGAGUGGGGAGGGGUGUGCUUUGCAGUCUGUGGGCUGCUGUGUAUUGAUUGGGAGGCCUGCACUGGCUGACAUAGGAAGCAGAUUUCUAGACACACACCUGUUCUCUCCUCCUACCCGGCUCCUCAUUGAUGUCCACAUUUUUCCACUUUGCUUUCCUGCCAGGUGGCUGUUAAAAACAAUAUUGAUGUCUUCUACUUCAGCUGCCUCAUCCCACUCAA